CGGGGCGUCACCUCGGAAAUACGCACAGCGGGCGGUGCUACCGGCUCCGUGGGGCCGCCUUCCCGGCGAGUCCGCGAAGGUCGCCGCCCAUGGCGUGGUACGAGGUUUUAAAAAUUUUUUAAUUUCUGGGUCGCCAAGAUGUCGUUCCCAAAGUAUAAGCCGUCGAGUCUGGGCACUCUGCCUGAGACCCUCGACCCAGCCGAAUACAACAUAUCUCCGGAAACCCGGCGGGCGCAAGCCGAGCGGUUGGCCAUAAGAGCCCAGCUGAAACGAGAGUACCUGCUUCAGUACAACGAUCCCAACCGCCGAGGGCUCAUCGAAAAUCCUGCCUUGCUUCGUUGGGCCUAUGCAAGAACAACAAAAGUCUAUCCUAAUUUCAGACCCACGCCUAAAAACUCACUCAUGGGAGCUCUGUGUGGAUUUGGGCCCCUCAUCUUCAUUUAUUAUAUUAUCAAAACUGAGAGGGAUAGGAAAGAAAAACUUAUCCAGGAAGGAAAAUUGGAUCGAACAUUUCACCUCUCAUAUUAAGUCUGGCAAUGAUGACUAUAUGUAUUCCUGCCUAAAUAAGUCGUCUCUUAAUCAUUAAAUAAAUAAAUAAAUAAAAUAAAAA